AUGUGUUCCAAGGCAUUUUCCACCACUUCAGAUUUAAAGCAGCAUCUAAGAACCCAUACUGGCGAGAAACCAUAUUCAUGUGAACAUUGUUCAAAGGCAUAUUCCUACCUUGGAGGCCUAAAAUAUCAUCUGAAAGCCCAUUCUGAUUUAAAGAAGCAUCUGAGAUGCCAAACUGGCGAGAAACCGUAUUCAUGUGAACGUUGUUCAAGGGAUUGCCUGUUCUUGGAACUCAACAAGUAUGAUGCCGGACUUUGA